AUGGCGUCCUCCUCCAAAUCUUUCCUUGCUCAUCUCGCCAAAGUGCAAACUAAAAAGAGAAAAAGAUUAGAGUUGACAUCCCAGUUAACUGCUAUAAAAGAAGUGUCUAUGCAGUAUGUUGACCCAUGUCAGAUCGAAUCCGUGUUGUGUGUAAAACAUGGUCUCCACGUAACAGCGCAGUUACAGCUGGCUUUGAAAAGUGUUCUUCCCAUUCUAUCGACAUCGGACAGAACAAAAUUACUGGACGUUAUUUUUACAGGAUUGGGGCUCAAUUACUCGACAGAAGAACAGAACUUGAUUGUAAGAGGAUUUGCACAGGGGAAUAUAACCGCACCUGCAGAACAGUUUCUGUUCCUAUCACCUCCCGUUGAAAACUGCAUAAAAUGCAAUACUCGCUUGCUUUGUCACAACAAACCUAGCGAGGUAACAGUUUAUAAGCUUGACGGGUCAAUGAAAGCUCUAAACAUCUGCUGGAGGUGCGAAACAUGCAAUAUUAAUUACAAUUAUUCUCGGUUUGGCAACACGAACGACGGCUAUCAAUUUUAUGACGUAGAACGACCGUACAUUCAAUCAACAAAUUGCACAUUCGUCGACCGCCAACUUUGUCGUUUUCAAAUAUUCCUUGCGUAAGUAAUUUGCAUACUGUGCGCAAAAAAACAAGUGCAUGCAUGCACUGAUGCACAUGAUAUGAAUUGAUUUCUAACAUUUUGACAUUCAACUUGUUAGAAUCGUGUAAUGUUUUAUUUCCCUCGUGAUUCAAAGGAGUGCCUAAAAACGAUGGUGAUUGAUUAUCCUAAAUUUGGCGUAUAUAAAAAUAACUAUGACUUUAUGUCUUUGUUUACAUGUCUAGCCGAAACAUUAAUUUUAAUCAUUAGUUAAAACAAAAUUUUAAUCUGUGCACUUAUACAUUAAAAUAAUUUUAUUUUAUUGCUGUUUAUUAUAUAGUAGAGAGUGAGAUACUGAUAAAUACACAGUGACAUAUUUUCCAUAUCUUCACUAGUGAAGAUAUCGAUCACGUGACUUUUAGUAUUUAUACAAUUUUUUGCUUGGGACUAUAUAAUAAACAGAACAUUAUACGGUGGCUUGAAUAUAUGAUUUUUAUCUUCUCGUGUUAAAAACAAUAUUUUACUCACUCGCUGCGCUCGUUCGUAAAAUAUUGUUUUCACCACUCGAAAAUAAGAAGUCAUAUCUUCGCGCCGCCGAGUAAUAUCCUCUAUAUAUUUCCCUAAAUAUUGUUCCCUCUACCGUUGAGAGUAGGCCUCUAUUGUCGAGUUAUGUUGUAAACUGUUCUUCGUCACAUUAGUGCAAAAGCUCACAUGUAUACCUUUGCAUUAAAUAUCAGAAAAUACAAUCAUUUCUGGCUGACAAAAAUCCCUUGCCAAUGACAAAUAUUUUAUUCACAUAUCCAACAAAUUCAAAUAUUUUGAAAACAAAGAGAUAAUUAGAGUUUUUAACUUAUCUUGCCGAUUUAAACUAGAUCUUUUUUACCGUUUUUAGAAAUCAUGCGUGGGUUUCUUUUGUUGGCUUUGCAGAAAGUUACAACGAAGCAGUCUCUACACACACCACCAAAAUUCAUGGCGGUUCGUUAUUCGAACAAACCUUCCUAAGAGAGUUAGCUGGUAAGGUUUGCACUAUAGGUAUUUAGUAUAAUUGGUGAUUAUUGAAAAUUCUCCACGCUGAUUGGUUGCCGUUGAGGUGAUUUUUACGCGAUAAUCACCUAAGCGAUUUUAUUAAAGAAAUUAAUUCGUUAAAUCACUCUCAGAAAGUUGACAAAAAUAGGGAUUGGAUUUUUGUAUGUUUGUCAUGGACUCCUUGUGAAUAUUACAAAUGAUAUGUUAUCGCUAUGAAUGCCAGUUCUAUUAGUGCGGGUCAAUCUCGUUUCAGGAAAAGCCCUGUGAACGAGGUUGAGUGCAGCUUGCUACGUUUCCACCUUUUCCUUAAUGGCCCCUCCACUGAGUGUGAUCAUGCAUUAUUUCAAAAAUUAAAUGAAUAGGUUAGGGUUUCUAUAUAUCGGUAUAUUUUGCUGUAACAUAACUUGCAUCAACUUUGAAGAUUUUCGUCCACAUACUCUUUUGCAGUAAGUCGGUUAGACCGGAGGAUAGUGGCAGAUACGUUUUACUGGCACGAAAUGGAACAAGAAAUAAGAGAAAGGGGAAUGACGUGGGUUUUUAAAGGAACAGUGGAUGAAAUGAAAGAUUCAUUUAUGGAUCACGUUGAUGGUAUGAGGCGACACGAGAUAUACCAACACUCGGAAAGUGACUGCUCUACCCGUUGCAAAGAAAAGGGUAAGAUUGUAACUCAUUAUUUUUCUAAUUACCACAUGACUUAUUGAUAUGCACCAACAUGCAGUGCGUCCCAGAUUAUAUAUGACAGAAAACACGAAGGUAUAUAUAAACAGCGGGCAAUAUAAGCCCUUAUACUGACAUUGAUGUGCAGUAACAUUUUUCGUUAAGUUCCAUCAGUCAAUUAAAAUUUGCAAUAUUAAUAAUAUGUGAGUGGCUUUUGUUAUACAAAACGCGUUAAACACCUUACGGGAUACACAGCGUUAAUAUUUCAGGAUAAAGUAAUAUAAUUAAAAAUGUGAUUUACCUUACGAUACAGGUUGUAAGAACUUCGUAGCCAUGGAUGGAAUAUGGAAACUUCGCCACCCUCAUUGUAUGUACCCAGUGAAAGCAAGAAUCAGCGAUCUGCCUUUGGUCAACUACCCGAAUGUAUGCACGAACGAGCCUGAGAGCCAACAGUUGGCGUUCUGUUCCACACACAGUGUGCUAGCUUCUAAACACGGCAUUCCUACCAAUCUAAGAGAAUUUGUACACAAUUAUUGUAAAGUGGAAAAACGCAUUGAUGGUAUGUUUUAAUAAAACACAAAACAAUAGUGAAUAGAUGGUAUGUUUUAGAUAUGUGUAUUUAAAAUCGCAUUACGUAUAUUCGUACUUGGUUAACGCGUUAAAAGACAUCAUUCUAUGACAACGACUUAUCGCUCAAAACGUAUUUGUCAACGUUGUCUUACGGCUAAAUCGACAGUAUAUUGAUAAUAUAUAACUAUAUUUGCGUCGUCUAUCGCUAAAUGUUGUGUACGUGUUUUGUAUAACUUUUAGUAUACGAUUCAUCAACCAUUAAUUUAAGUGAUGCCAGGCAAAUCAACAACGCUGCGUCAAAUCUGCCGGACGGGGAUCAAACACCUUCAAAUGUUGCAGAUUCUCAAGGUAUACAUCAAAUAAUGCUGAAUUCACAAUAUUUACUGGUUAAAUUAAGCCCCGUUUACACUACGCUCAAUUUUGGUACGGCACGGAUAAAAUUGGCACCCGUACCACUUUUUUGGUUCUUGAUUUGUGAUUCGCGAUGUUUCCUCAAAUGUUUCCAUGUUUGCCCACCCAUGUAUAUACGUAUGGAAAGAAUUGUUGCGGAAACAAAAUUUGCUUCCCGUGAAGCAAAAAUGUUUCCUAGCAACUUAAGAAACAUUUGAUGUUUUCCCAUGUUUCUCACUAAUGUUUCCUAGUGUUUGCCCACUCUUGGAAGCAUGGCGAAACAUUGGCAGGAAGCAAUAUUUCCGCAACAAUGUUUCCUAGUUUGCUCAGGGCUUUAGAUGAUAUUUGGCAUUACUGUAAAGUUUCAUGGCCAUGUGGGGAACUACCGAUUUGGCGAUUUCUAUACUCAACGAAAAAGUUACAGGGAUACAAUGGUUCCCUUCCAAUUUUGCACCCCCAAUAUUAUGUGGCCGGCAAGAGAACGCAUGUUUUCAAAAUACGAAUGGAAAUCCACUAUACUGCUAAAAUCUGUAAACAUCUAUAUGGAGAAAGUUAUUCUAGAGUUUUAAAAGUGCGGCCUUUACCUACAGAUUUUUGUGUAUUAUAGGAACGUUUACUUUGUAUAAGCUUUACAUUUCAAAUUCAUAAUAUGUUUAAAGUGUGUUCCCAAACUUGAAAAUUGUAUAUAUUUUUUAAAGGAACGUCCACUUUGUUGGAUACAUAUCCAGACAUACUAAAGGAAUGUCAGGACAUUGAGCAAGAAAAUCCAGACGAAUCAUGCAACAAAGAUACUGGGGAAACACAAAAGUUGUUGCGAAAAUGGUCGAGAGGGUUGUUCCAUCAUGUCCGCGGAGGUGGCCACAUAGAUAAAUGGAAUCCCAUUUAUGUGUAAGUGUACAUAAACGGUUAUAUAUACUUAUAGUCAAUAUGAUAUUGCAUAAAUUAUUCUAUAAAGCAUGGACGUAUUAUUACUUCAUUUCCAAACAACUCUUUUUAUAGAGCUAUAUACACAUUGUAUAUUUAUAUAUAAGACUACGUUACUUGAACCUUCAUGCAUGCAUGCAUGCAAUAAAUUAAAUGUCAAUGUAAACCAUUUGUAUAUAUUGCACUUUGAGCAGAGAUAUAAAGAAUAUAGUUUCAUAUUAUUCUGACACUGCAGAGUAAAAUGAAAAACCGUUUUCACGAGUGCGUGGGAUUCUAAAUUCGGGAUUGGGCUUCGUUGAGCCAAAUAUUUUUACGGCUGAUAUAGCUUAAGUAUAAUGUUUUUCUCGUUAACAUUCCGCCAUACAUAUACAAAUUUAACUAUAUAUAUAGGGCCUAUAUAAUAUACGUACGCGUUCGUUUCUCCGUAGGUCUGAAGGUCCAGGUCAAGUGUUCCUAUUGACAUUGCAAUUUCUAAUGCAGAGGUUGCAGGCGACUCCCGAGGAUGAAUGGGAAGAUUUCUUCCUUGCAUAUGACAAUAUGUGCAACCUUGAUCGUCUGAGAGCCGCUAGGAAGCCUCUACCAUUACCACAACCGUACGAUAAUAUUUGGUUGAAAAUCAACAAAGUUAUCGAUCGACUUCAUAUGAAGAACCACAAACGACCAGAAUGCAAGACCAAAUAUUCAUCCGACCUGCUAAAGGAAAAAAUGCCUGGUUUGAACACACCUGUAGCGGAGCAAACAUUCGUCUGGGCAGCUAAAUUUAAGAAAAUUAUGUGCGCUAUGCCAAAGAGGCGUCAACUUUUCUACUACCAUCGAAUGGUGAUCAGGCGAAACGCGUAUACUAGUAACUGUUAUAAAGCGAACAGGGAUCCGAAUCUUCCUAAAAUACACGGUGAUGUCGAACAAAACUAG